AGUAGGUUUCAGAUUAUUUGCCCUGUUUUGUUUUCGUUUAACAUAGCACUUUUAUUCUGAAACUCGGUGUUGUGCUGUGUUUUUUCCCGCCAACUUAACGGAGCCGGUUCAGACCGCCCUGCUCCGGAUCUGCCGUUUGCCACUGAUGCUGCAUUCAUGGACCUGAAAAACAUUGAGUUACUGGCUAAAAGCACAUGCUCAUCGCUACAACAAACAACAAACUGAAAAACUUAGGUAAACAUUUAUGAAGUAGGAUUUUUCUCAGGUAUCUCAGUGUGGUGCCGCAGUUAAAAGCGUUGGACUAACUGUUUAGUUCCAGACACCAAAGAUUUUAACAAUCUUUUACUGUAGUGCACUUAUUCUGUAUGACUUACAGAGUUCUGAAGCAAAAUAGUCCAAAAAUAAACCAAAAUGCUUUAAUCAGUACGUGCAUUUGGAUUUUACUCACCACGAAGCAGACACUAAAUGUUUUUACUAAGAAAGUUUUCAUCGUGAUGUCAGCGGUGUAGGAGUUUACGAGCAGCGCCGAACGCCACGUCGGCAAACUUGUUUAUGUUUUGCGGCAGACAGCAGCUAAACCGACAAAGUUAGCGAAGAAAAAAAGCGCAUAUUGAAGACGGUGACAGAGCAUGGAAACAAGAGGAGAAUAAACGCGGACUUACCGUCAGCAGAAAUCGAUGAAGCGGCUGAUUUUUGACGAUAGUUUGACUGUUUUUUUAGGUUAAGUCGGCAGUUCAGCGUUAAAUAGGAGAAGUGAUGGACAGGACGUCAGCAGCGGUGCUUCCUAGACCAGACCGGUAUUCCACGAAGCAGGCUUAGGUCUAAGCCUGGCUUAUUUCGGUCAGCUUCGCUAACUUUAGUGAGAGUUUUGUUCCACCAACAAGGCUUAGGGCUAGCCAGGCUUGGUAACAAGCCCCAUGUCAGAGAAGGUUCUGACGAGCUUCAGAAAGAAGCCUGUGAACCGCAUGUUACACAUUAAAUUCAUCUUGAUCUGUAAUCAAUGAUGUUCUUGUUCGGUGACAUACAUUGAGACCUUUCUUAAAUAACGCCGGAAUAGCCGUGAAUCAAACUAUAUCAUAUUACACUACACAUUUUGUCACAGUACGCAACUGUGGCUCAGUGGUUAGAGCGUAGUUAAGUAGAUUAAAUGUGGUUUUACUUUUCAUUGCGCUGUGGGUUCGAAUCCACCAGCGGUAAAUACUUGGAAAUAUCUGAUUUUCUUUCUUCUUCUUUCACCCUCAAAGUGCAGUCAACAUGUAACAGGAAUAGGCACAGAUUGUCUUAAAAUAAGCAGGACACAACAGCCAGUUUUCCAUAAAGAAUACCUUCCUUUUACCAGCAGUCCAAUCUGAGGAUGAUGAUAAUCCAAAGGUGAUGCCAAAUGAUGAGAUAACUAUUUUGUGUACAAGUUCAUUUGUGUCUUCUCCCUUAUUUAAAUGUAGGGCACAGUAGCACUAUCAUCUCUAAUAAAAAUGACAUCUCCUCUAUAGGCCUACAUGUUUUUUUUCUGCUUUUUUAUUCAAAGUUUGAGUGUUUGAUGAAACAUCUCCACAUGAAGUUGCCCCUUUUUUCCAAAGUACUCCUACUUUGGUUUUAGGUGUUACCUAUGUUGCUGCUUUAUUCAUCUAUGGUGGAUAUAUAUUUGUCAAAUCAAGAACAUGAAUUAGGCCUACCAGAGUAAAAAGUGAAAACCACCAUCACAUUACACAAAACCAGGCUAUGUUGGAGCCUCUUUCUCUCACACACACACACACACACACACACACAUAUAUAUAUAUAUAUGAGAAUGCAUAUAUUUGUUUAUACACACAAAAAAAUGUCUUCAAUGGGUUUUGAAAAGCUUUAUUUCAUCAAGAUUGAUCUGCUCUGGGCCACAGUAGUGUGACAAACUUCAGGGUGAGGAAAAAAAAGUCAUCAACCACUGCAGAAAUUCAAUCAGUGUUGAUUAGACACAGGUCUAUAUAAGCACGGUAUUCUUGAACCACAACCUUUUCCACAACCAUGGCAUGCCCUUUCAUUGAUGAGGAACCUGUGGAUGUUGGUGCUGCUAUAAUACAUAGGGCUUUCAAUCUGCCGGCGCCCAGACAUUUCCGGGACCGGACAAAUCCCCUGGCCUUUCCUGAAGAGUACCUGUGGGAGAGAUAUAGAUUUAGUAGGCCGGGAAUUGUGUAUUUGUGCACACUGUUGGAGCCCCACAUUGUGAGGCCAACCCGCCGGAGCAGAGCCCUGACUACUGUGCAGUCGGUCUGCAUUGGCCUGCGUUUUUUUGCCAGUGGGUCUUUUUUGUACAGUGUGGGUGAUGCAGAGGCUCUGUCAAAAGCAACAGUAUGUCGCGAAAUCAGACGCGUAUAUGUAACUCUAAAAACGUACCUCAACAGGUUUGUAACCUUCCCUGGCCAUCUGGAGCCGCAGCGCAUCAAGGAAGAGUUUUAUUCAAUUGCAGGCUUUCCUAAUGUUCUUGGGGCCAUAGACUGCACACAUAUCUGCAUUCGGGCCCCAUCUGGACCUGCAGAGGCAGACUUUGUAAAUCAAAAAUCUUUUCACAGUAUAAAUGUACAGAUGAUCUGCGAUGGACGAUGCCUGAUAACCAACAUUGAGGCCAAAUGGCCAGGGUCUGUCCAUGAUGAAAGAAUAUGGAGAGCGUCAUCACUUUCGCAUAGGUUUGCACAAGGUGAUUUCAACGGCAUUCUUCUUGGGGACAGAGGUUAUCCAUGCCUGCCGUUUCUUCUCACCCCUUACAUGGAUCCUGCUACAGAUCCACAGAGGGCGUUCAACCGUGCCCAUGCAAGAACCAGGGCACGAGUAGAGAUGCUAUUUGGACUCAUGAAAUCCAGAUUUCAGUGCUUGAAAGUCCUGAGAGUGGCUCCUGACAGGGCCUGUGACAUAAUUGUUGCUUGUGCAGUUUUACACAAUAUUGCAACAAUUCGUAGUGAGAGAGUGCCACAUGUGUUGGAUGAGGAGGGGUGGGAUGACAUCAUUGCAGAGCCACAGGAACCUGUUGAUGGACAGAGAAUGAGGGACCUUUACACAGCCACUUAUUUUAGUUAAACUAUUUAACAUGCAUUCACUUUUGAAUGUCUCCCUAUUUUCUACCUUUAUUUCCCCCCCCCCAUCACCCCCAUUUUUGACACCAGAACAAUCUACAGUAGUGAGGUGGGUCACCUGGCCACGUGGUGCAAGGACAACAAUCUCCACCUGAACGUGGAAAAGACAAGUAGAUUGUUGUGGACUUCAGGAGAGAGCACGCCCAGCAUGCUCAACUAUCUAUCAACGGUGCUGUUGUGGAGAGAGUGAGCGGCAAUAAGUUCCUGGGUGUGCAUAUCUGAGGACCUUGCCUGGAACAUCAACUUUACAUCAUGGCCAAAAAAAGCUCAACAGUGGCUCUACUUCCUCCGCAAACUGAGAAGAGCGAGAGCCCCGACCCCCAUCAUGACCACCUUCUAAAGAGGCACCAUUGAGAGCAUCCUGACCAACUGCAUCACCGUGUCCUGCUGCAAGACCCUGCAGUGCAUAGUGCGAGCAGCUGAGAAGAUCAUUGGUGUCUCUCUCUCUCCUCCCUCUCCUCAAUCUACAACACCAAUUUAUUUAUUACUGUUAUCUCUAUAUACAUACAUUUACAAAUUUUUUUCAGUUCAUAGUCAAUUCUAUUUUUAUUCUGUUCAUAAUACAUUUUUUUUCUAUUCUAUUUAUUACUUUAGAAAUUAGGCUAUGACAUUUUUUAUACUGUAGUUUAGUUUCUUUACUCUUGUUUUUAAUAUUGCCUUUUGCACCGUGGGUCCAAGAGGACUGAAAUGUCAUCUGUGCUGUAUGUCAAGCAUGUACAGCAUAUUUGACAAUAAAUCUGACUUUGACUCUGAAUUGGAGAACAACGAUAA